AUUCUAAAUGAGCGCUGGGAGGGGAGCUUCUGCAGGGGAGAAGGCCGCCCUGGGAAUUAGCCUUCUUUGCUUCCCUAUUUAAUUAGUUUGGAUGUUAAUUAAAAUGUUCGGGAGCCGUAUGAGAGCUGGUAGUCCUCUCUUUACAGCUGUGGAGAAGACGCGUGCGGAAGCCCUUUCCGUUGCCGCUCCUCCUAGUGGCUGCAUCUAUUUCGCUCAGGUGGCCCGAUUUAAGGGUUGGGAGUAGUGUCCUCUUCAGGAUCGCAAAGCGUGGGGGCCCCAUGGCCCCGCUAGGAGGAAGACCUCGGCUGGUGCUGCUGUUCAGCGGGAAGAGGAAAUCCGGGAAGGACUUCGUGACCGAGGCGCUGCAGAGCAGGCUUGGAGCCCACGUCUGUGCCAUCCUCCGGCUCUCCGGCCCACUCAAGGAACAGUAUGCUCAGGAGCAUGGAUUGGACUUCCAGAGACUCCUGGACGCCAGCAGCUACAAGGAGGCCUAUCGGAGGGACAUGAUCCGCUGGGGAGAGGAGAAGCGCCAGGCUGACCCAGGCUUCUUCUGCAGGAAGGUCGUGGAGGGCGUCUCCCAGCCGGUCUGGCUGGUGAGUGACACACGGAGGGUGUCUGACAUCCAGUGGUUCCAGGAAACGUACGGGGCUGUGACGCAGACGGUGCGUGUGGUGGCCUUGGAGCAGAGCCGGCAGCAGCGGGGCUGGGUGUUCACGCCAGGAGUGGAUGAUGGUGAGUCCGAAUGUGGCCUGGACAACUUUGGGGACUUCGACUGGGUCAUUGAGAACCAUGGGGACGAGCAGCGCCUGGAGGAGCAGCUGGAGGACCUGGUUGAGUUUGUCCGCACCAGACUGUAGUCGUCAGGUUCUGGGAGUGCCAGAGGCUGCAGGGGUGAGGAUGGGGAGGGACGACUCUGCCUGACUCGUGGUUUCUGAUACUGGCCAAGGUGGGGAAUGCACAGAGGGUCUGGGUCCAGGUUUCUGGGGGGCUGGCAGAUGUCAGACAAGUCAAGAAACCUCUAAGACCUCAUUUCUCUAUGGGCUGGACUGCUCUGCCUCAUAGCAGGGGACUUAGAGGGCAAAGGGCUAUGCUUGAGGUAGAAACACCACCGUCCCCAUGGAUGUCCAGCCUAUCAGCCUGCGGUGGCCUUGCUUCCCCAGCAGGAUGCUUUUAGCCCCUGGUUCUUGGCAAGAAUGUGGGCAUCAAUAAACCUCUUCGGAGCACAUGCUCAGAA